AUAAAAGAAAGAGGAAAACCCUAUCUCCUUCGCUGUGCUCCACGGCGUUUCUUCUUCUUCUUCACGCCGUCGUUAGUGCCGCCGCCGUCUCUCCCGUUCACUGCUGCCGUCGUCGUCGUCUUUCUUCCGUACGUGCUGCCACAGCCUCCCUCCUAGUGGUCUGUAUUGACUUUCUACUCUCCCGUUGAUACUGUUUCGUUGCAGUGAUCAUAUGGCCGAUAAUAAAGGUGUCAUUAUUAACACCUCAGGAGAAGCAAGUUUAAACAAUUUUAAAAUCACAAAGGGGGAUAGACUCAUAUUAAGGGGUCUGAAGUUUCACGGUUAUCAUGGAGUGCACCUUAGAGAAAAGGAAAUGGGACAAGCGUUUUUGGUGGAUGUGGAUGCUUGGUUGGAUCUCCGGGCAGCUGGAAAAUCUGAUGACUUGAAUGAUACUGUAAGCUACACUGCAAUUUAUCGCAUAGCAAGGGAAGUUUUGACUGGACCAUCACAUGAUCUUCUGGAAUCAGUUGCAGAGGAAAUUUCUUCAAAAAUAAUGAUCGAGUACCAUCAAAUAACCGCCGUUCGAGUGAAAAUUGCGAAGCCUGAUGUCGUUGUUGGUGGACCAAUUGACUACUUGGGUAUUGAGAUUUUUAGAAGUAGAGAUAAAGAUGUGCCAAUCUAAUGUGCUUGUUUGUUCAAACAAAUUCUGCAUGAAAAGUAAAACAAAGUUCUAUUAUGAUCAUUUGUAUUUUAGUUCUAUUUU